ACUGUCUCGCCCCGAUACUUGAGGAAGGGUUGAAGAAGGAGGAAGGUCAUGAGUUGAGUCACGCCCGCAUCGUUGCUAUUAAAGUGAGAGGGGAGCUGCUCUUUCCAACAGUUUAUUGCAGGUUCCUCGUUGCAAGCUGCUGCCAAAUGAAGCUGCUCCCAGCUCUUGUGCUACUCUGUGCGUCUGCGGCAGGAUCUGCAGCCGUGUCCCCUGGGUGCCCCGCAGAGUUUGUCAAAGGGAUCGGAGCGGGGAAGUCGACCUGUUGCUCCAAGUGCCCACCAGGCACAUUUAUGCAAGAAGACUGUACAGACACCUCAGACUCCAUCUGUGUGCCAUGUGCAAGUGGAUCAUAUGCAAAGGAUUGGAACAAUAUGUAUUCUUGUAUCGGAUGUACUAAAUGCAAUGAUGAAGGAGUGAGGUAUAAGAGAAAGUGUGCAACGACCUUAGAUGCCCAGUGUGAAUGCAUUGAGGGUUACAGAUGCACUGAUAAAAAUUGCAGGAUAUGUGAUCUGAAAGUUCCAAAAAGCAAUCCUUGCUCUCCAGGGACGUUUUCUGACACUGGAAUCGAACCUUGCAGGCAAUGGACAAACUGCACAGCAUUGGGUUACUUGGAAAUCGUUCCUGCAAGUUUAACCAGGGAUGCACAAUGUGCUACAGGCACAGUAAGGAGUACUGUCAGCCAGAAAACAUUGGCAACUAUGGUCAGCAUUGAAAAGAUGAAACUCAGGCCCGAUCAAGUGGACGGAGUAAUAAUCAUUGUGGCCGUUAUCAUUAUUCUACUGCUGUGUUUUUUGCUUGGAAUGCACAUAGCCUUAUGGAGGAAGAACAUGAAGAAAAGGAAUAAGCUGUUAUCAGCUUCAUGGUAUCGGAAUGUGCAGACGGAGGACACUUGGAGCACUCACCUUCCAGAACAAGAGUGUGGAGAAUUGUCACACCAAGAAAGGAAGAAAGUUGAUGAAAUCUACGUUUCUGUCAAUAGUGCUUGUUGAUCACUGCUUUGUGUUAGGAAGAUCUAUCUGGACAGACUGUGAGUGUAUUCAAGCAUCAGUGCAACACCAAGGGUCAGAUGGAAAACAACAUCAUCAGCUGGACUUUUAUGUAGACUUUGCUGUUAUUUACUGGAACAGUAACUGCUCAAUGAUUGAAAUGUCGCAUCGGAGAUCAGGUGUACCAAAAUGGUUCCUCCCGCUUGAUGAUCAAUGAAUGGAAAGGACAGAGAAAUGAAACAAAGUGAUAGAUGGCAUUGGGAAGGAGGCUGAUUGGAAUCAGGCCAAAUCAGAGACAGAAAGAAAGAGGUUGUGUUGAGAGAGAAAUGGGAAGCAAGAAAGAAAUAGUAAAAAAAGAAAGGUAAAAAGAGCAAGCAGGAGAAGAAAAGGAAGAACUCAAUUAGGCUUAAGAGUUGUCGUGUUAGUCCAUGAGCAAUUAAAGAGCAAAUGGCACAUUAGGAGAUGUGGACAAGGCAUUAACCAUCUUGACUUAUAGAAGCAGUAAUUCAAAUUUAUCAUAAACAGCAAUAGUGGAAUGCCAGAACACCAGCCAUGGUACUGCUUUAUGCUAGAUGAAGGAAGAGUAAGCACCAUUUGUUUACCCUUCUACCAUUGUUGUAAACACAAGGUACAAUGAUAAAUGAGUUCUUGACUGAGUAAAGUAUCUAAUCUUUAUCAAUUAGUUGAUUACAUGAAGUUGAGAAAACCCCAGUGGUGGAGAGUUUUGGGAAACAUAGGAGUAGAGUCACUUGUUCGUCCCAAGUCUGUCCCACUCAACCACGAGCCAUGUCUUAAAUUACUCUGCAUUGUUUCCCAAAAUAUUAUUUCCUGAACAAAAUCUAAUUAAUCUGUAUUUGAAUGAGCGGCUAUCUUCUAAGUAUUGAGAUAGCUUUGUGGCAUGAAAAUAGUUGACAGUUGGCACCCACCAGGAGUAUAGAUAGCAGAUGUACCAUGGUAGGAAACUUUACAUCGAUUUAAAAAGGUUUGCUUGUUAGGUUUGCUUGCUUAACAAGGCACAACUUGUGACCUGCUGAACUGAGAAUCCACAUCUCAUUGCCUGCCCCACUUUAUAGGCCUCCAAGCUGAGGUAGCAUCAGGUCAGGACUAUAACUUAUAAUAUAUCAUUAAUAGUUUCCUGCAAGGCAUUAAUGACCGUGCUGAGAAUCAUUCAUUAUAGUGGUGUAAAUCCGAAAAUGUUGCAAUUGGCGGGAAUUCUGUCAGGGAUCCUUGCAGCGGUAAGGAUCUUUUUGUCAGAAUUGGCAAAGCUCAGGGUGGAGAAUUGCAAAUGCUCUGGCAAUUUGAGAUCAUGGCACUUACUUUUAACUCCUCCGUGUUGCUGGAUUCAUUUACGGGUUACUAAAAUGAACAUUCAUGAUGUUAAUGUGUCAUUCCAAAAAUGUGAUGUUGCACAUUUUUUGGGUUCCAAAUCUAUCAUUGCAAUUGACCAGAGCCCAAUUGACAUCACCAGGGGUUUGGAUGGCAGACGAAACAUUGGGGUAAUCCUCAUACCACUUAAAAGAGAACAAAAGCAGACUAGGUUUCUGUUACUGAUUUCCAUGGCUUUCCUAAUGGUAGAAGUUGAUUUUGUAGACCAUACUCAAACAGCUGCUGAUAUCUAUUGUUGGUUUAUGCAUGAAGAACAGCCAUUUAUACAAAUUCCACCAUGGACUUGAAAUCAUCAAUCACCAAUCAUUUUCAGUUCAUUCACAGGAUAUUGGCAAAGGGCCCAUAUGUAUUGGCCAUUGCUUUUGAUCUUUGAUCAAUGUUGGCAGUGAGCUGCUUUCUUCUAACAGCAGUAAGUGAUGUCUUAUACAAAUUAGGAGCAGGGGUGGCCAUUCAGCCCCUUGAAGCUGCUCCACCAUUCAAUAAAAUCAUAGCUGAUCCAAGACUCCUCAUUCCACUUUACUGCCCUUUCCCAAAAAUCCUUGAUUCGCCCUCUGAUCAAGAACCUAUCAGUCUUAAUAUACACAAAAUCUCUACCCCACAGCUCCCGUGACAAGGAGUUCUCAAGACUUACAACCCUCUGAGAGAAGAAAUUCCUCUUCAUCUCAGUCUUAACUUGGCACCCCUUUAUUCUAAGACUAUGCCCUCUGGCCCUAGACUCUCCCAUGGGGUAGUCUUAUGUAGAUCCUCCUCCAAUGUCAUUAGUCAUGAAGAUCAAGGGUUUUGACCCAGUGACACUGAGGUAACAGCCUGCACAUUUCCAAAUAAGGAUGCCACAUGACUUGAAGGAGAAACUGGAGAUAAUGCUCCUCCAGCUUCUGCGCUUGUCUUGCAAGAUUUUGAGUAUGGAAGAUAUCAUAAGUACAAAAUAGUUUGAUCUUUUAAUGGAAUAUUACAGUGGAUAAUAAAAACCAUAAGAACUAUGGAUGCUGUAAAUCAGAAACAAAAACAGAAGUUGCUCGAAAAGCUCAGCAGGUCUGACA